AUGGCAGAAAAUCUAGAACUGAGUCUUUUAUGUACAGAAACCAUUGACAACUUUGAUGAUGAUGAUGACAUGAUUGUUGGUCAUGAUAUUUCGAAUUUUCAGAUGGGGUUUCCCUUGGAGAGCGAAGAGAUGAUCAGAGAUAUGAUGGAGAAGGAGAAACAGCAUUUGCCAAGUGAUGAUUACAUCAUGAGACUCAGAAGUGGAGAUAUGGAUUUCAAUGCCAAAAGAAUAAAAUCCCUAAGCUGGAUUUUUAAGGCUUGUGAGAGCCACCAGUUUGGACCAUUGUGUAUUUGCUUAUCAGUGAACUACUUUGAUCGAUUCUUGUCGGUUCAUAAUUUCCCUAAUGACGAAGCUUGGAGGAUGCAGUUGUUGGCUGUGGCUUGUUUAUCAUUGGCAGCCAAACUUGAAGAAACCUGUGUCCCAAAGUUUUUGACUGUUCUUCAGGUUGGACAUCCUCAGUUUCUGUUUGAGGCCAAAACAAUCCAAAGAAUGGAACUCCUUGUGGUGAGCAAAUUGAAAGGGAGUUUGAGAGCGAUAACUCCGUGCUCAUACAUAAGUUAUUUCCUGAGGAAGAUGAGUAAGAGUGAUCAAGAACCAUCAAACACAUUGGUAUCUAGAUCACUACAAGUGUUAGCCAGCAAAACCAAAGGUAUUGACUUUGUUGAGUUUAGACCAUCUGAAGUUGCUGCUGCAGUGGCACUUUAUGUUCUUGGAGAACUGCAGAUAGUACACUUUGACACCUCUUUCCUCUCUCCUCUUUUUUCACCACUUCAAAAGGAGAGAGUGAUGAAGAUAGGAGGAAUGAUAGAGAGCAGUGGCUCAGGCUAUUUCAUAAACACCCAGUGA